AUGUGUGCCUUAUCACCAAUGUUUCCGAGUAAGCAACAAGAAUGGUACUCUGCUUCCACAAUGGAGUAUCCAUGGCUGUCCCAAGUUGAUUCCUUCUCUCCCACUCUACAUCUUCCUUCUUUCCUUUAUCCUUCUUUAGCUCAAUCAGAUGAUUCCAAGAGCUAUAACAUCAAUCAUGUGAGUCUUAGUCAUAGCUACGGUACGAAUAGUAACAGUAACAAUGGUCAAGAGGAGGAAGAAGAAGAACGAGGAACGGCUUUGGAGAAGAAACUGAAUCACAACGCAAGCGAACGCGACCGCCGUAGAAAGCUAAACUCCUUGUACUCUUCACUUCGUGCCCUCUUGCCUCCUUCUCAUCAAAAGAGGAAGCUGAGCAUUCCAAUGACAGUAUCGGGAGUGGUGAAGUAUAUACCAGAGCAGAAGCAAGAGCUUCAACGUUUGUCUAGGAGGAAAGAAGAGCUUUUGAAGAGAAUCUCCGUAAAAACAGCGACUCUGAAUCAUCACCAAGAGCAGCUGAGAAAGAGAGCAAUGAUGGACUCAGUAGAUUCUUCCUCCCAAACGAUCGCAGCAAAUUGGAUCACCGACACAGAGAUUGCUGUCCAGAUUGCUACAUCGAGCUGGACAUCCAUCUCUGACAUGUUGCUUAGGUUAGAAGAAAACGGGCUUGAUGUCAUAAGCGUAUCUUCUUCUGUUUCUUCCACCGCAAGGAUCUUCUACACUCUGCAUCUUCAGAUGAGAGGAGAUUGCAGAGCGAGAUUGGAGGAACUCGAUGGUAUGCUCUUCGGAUUACGCCAAUCAUAUUGA